UCAGGAUAAUAUGGAUUCUGAACAAUUACUCAUGAACUUGUCCAUUGUUAUUGGAUGGACUUACUUCUUUUGCUGGGCAGUAUGAUUUUACCCGCAAGCGAUAUUAAAUUGGAAAAAGAAAUCGGUGGCUGGGCUUUCAAUCGACUUUUCGUUGAUAAACUUCUCUGGUUUUUUGUUGUAUUCAAUCUACAAUGUGACUGGAUAUAUUUACCCAGGACUCGGCACAGGGAUAGUCAGGCCAAACGAUGUAAUGUUUGCUGUGCAUGCGUUCAUUUUCUGUAGUGUUUGGCUAGCCCAAGUGUUCAUCUACGAGAGAGGUGCUCAGAAAAGAUUUAAAUCAUGGGCUGUAUACACAACUAUUCUCUGCUGGGCAUCUGUGUGAGUUACUUUUGCUAUAGAAGGGAUUUUUGAAGUUGUUGGAGUUCCAAAGACAAUUAGCAUGCUGAGGUUCACAGGGUAUGGGAAGGUGGUGAUUACAUUCCAGAAGUAUAUCCCUCAGAUUGUUCUUAAUUAUAGGAGGAAGAGUACGGAGGGAUAUAGCAUUUUGGGUGUUAUUUUUGAUUUUUCAGGCGGAGUGCUGAGCAUUGUGCAGCUAGUUAUUGAUAUGAUUUUGAAUGGACUGAGCACUGGAGAAUGGUCUUUGUUUGGAGGAAAAACUGAUGCUUUUAAUAUUGUAAAAUUUGGCCUUGGUGUGGUUUCUGUGAUUCUAAAUACCAUUUUAAUUUUUCAGCAUUUUGUUCUUUACUCAGAUCCACUUCAUUCCAAGUACCCAAUACCGAUGAACAAUGUUAACAAAACUGAAGUGGAACAACUGGCUUAUGCAGAAUGAUCAAAGCAAUCUCCAGAUAAACUAAUGUCGAUGAGGUCUCCAAAAUAA